AGUCGCCGUCGUUAUAUAAUCAAUCAGUUCCUCUUUCUCUUCCCACUAUACAAUGGGCUAUUACUACAAUUAUGGUCUCGUAACCUUCAUCGUCAUUGUCGUCGCAUUAUAUCUUCUAUUCACCGGUUCCGGGGAAGCGUUCAAUGUUGGCAGGUUUUUAGAAGAAUCGAGUCCAUACGCGUGGGCUGCGACUGGAAUCGGUCUUUGCAUAGGGCUAAGUGUGCUUGGAGCCGGCUGGGGCAUCUUCAUUACCGGCUCAUCGAUUCUUGGGGGAGGUGUUAGGGCGCCACGUAUUUCGACGAAGAAUCUCAUUAGUAUCAUUUUCUGCGAAGUCGUGGCCAUAUAUGGCGUUAUCAUCGGCAUCGUCUAUUCUGCAAAACUAGCCAGCGUUCCAGACGAUAUCCUCUACACCAGACAAAACUACUUUACUGGGUUCGCCAUGUUCUGGGGCGGCUUCACCGUUGGCAUGUGUAACCUCCUUUGUGGUGUCUGCGUCGGCAUCACCGGCUCUACCGCUGCACUUUCAGACGCCGCCGACCCCAAUCUCUUUGUCAAAAUCCUUGUCGUAGAGGUGUUUGGUAGUAUAUUGGGUUUAUUCGGGCUUAUUGUCGGACUUCUCAUGACAAGCUCAGCACAAGAAUUCAAGGGCGCAGAAUCUUCGCCUAUGGCUUCGCUAUUUGUGCAUUGACUGGCAUUCGAGUAGAAUGAUGGACUCUUCUUUACUAUGGAUAUAAUGCAUCAAUAACAAGGUCAAAGUAUAUGCUAGUUCGACUUCAAUGUCCGUUCGCUCUACAGAUCGAUUGGUACAGUACUAAGUAAACGUCAAUAUGUUGUUGGAGUGAAAAUAACCAAGACCGAUGCUGGUUUCCCAA